AAUGCCUACAACAAUAAAUAAGAAUUUUCAAGCAAUUGCGCCAAUCCCAGAUGGAAUAAGUCCAAAUACUGAAGUUUUCUAUCACCCCUCUACAAAUGAAGUUUUUGAGAAUUAUGAGGACUAUUUUGAAAGGAUGAUUCAAUUAAACAGCUCUUGUUGGUCAUGUACAAUGACAGGAAGGAAUGGAUUGACUUAUGAUGAAGCAUUGCAAUCUGAAGCUGAUGCAAUGGAGCAAAUCAAUAAAUUUCCUUCAUUUCUGGAGACUCCAAUUCUUUAUUUGAUUCAUCACUAUACAUGUCGUGCUCGCGUUGAUGAACUUGUUAGUGAUAUUAUGUUAUUUAUGCGUGACAGAUAUUUUAUUAAUGAAGAUGUUUUGUAUCGAGUAGGCUCUAAAAAGAGAUUGCCGGCUCGGAUUGUUUCUGUUAAUUACCAACCACCAAAUGAUUUACAAAAUAAUAACGCCGGCACUUCAGCUGCUGAAACUCAAAUGACAAAAGUUUCAGAAUCACCACAACAAAAUGGCGUCAUUACAAAAACUUCAUUAAAACCAACUAAAUCAAAAUCACCAAAUAAAAAAGAUGGAGAACAAUCUGCAGGAUUGGAAUUUUGCCAUCCCGAUUGUUUUACUUAUUCUAUUCAAAUUAUUGAUAAAGAAUCGGAAUCAGACUCUGAUGCUUCUAGCAUUAUUGAUGACAAAAAGAAUGGAUGUGAUGCAAAAGGCGAAUUGCUUAAUAACAUUACACAUCAACAAAUCUUUCGCAGCAAAUAUUCCUAUGCAACUCGACCACGGAUCAAGCUCUUUAUUAAGUACUACACAGAAAUGUGUGAUGGACGUUUUGUAGUAAAACCUAAUAGUGUUGCUGAUUUUCAUUUGGACCGGCUUCGUUUUGGGCAGUUAUUUGCUGAUUGUCCGCCUCCAAAGUUUCCACAAACUCGUUCACUUAAAAAACAAAAAGAUCGAAAUACUUCUUUUUCUGACAGUGACAAACUUUUCCCCUCCACAAUGAAAAUGUUAAUGGAGGAGAAUUAUUCACGUCCGAGUACUUCAGCACAGCUUUCAUCAAGUAAUGGGCAAUUAACGAAGAAGGCAGGAGUCAGCAAAGCAGAUAUUCGCCGCAAAAGGCAACAAAUGCAACUUCGACCCUUAUUCGAAACAGCCGAAAAUCAUGGUGUCGAGAAUGUCGAACGUUGGCGGCAAACAUUUCAAGUACUCUCGGAUGAAGAUAUCCAAGAAUUGAGAAAUGCUAUUGCAAUAGCGAAAGCUGCUGAAAAAGCGGCUGAGAAGGCUGAACUUCGUAAACAACAAAUUGAACAGCGUCGGAAACAAAGAGAGUUAUUAGCUGAGUGGCGAAAACCAAGAGAUGAUCUACUUUGCGAUGAUCUUCAGCCCUUUCCUUCUGGCUUCAGAGAACUACGUUGGCCUGAUUGGGUUCCUCGUGAACUAUAUUGGGAAAUUUUGUCAGUUCAAAGCUUUUUUCAAAAUUUUGCUGAAGUACUCUUUCAUGACGGGAAAAAUCCUUUUACUCUUGCAAAUAUUGCCACUGCAAUUGCUGAUUUGUUAAAACCUGAGCACAUUGGCAAUGAAGCUGUUAAAGAUUUUGAUCAUCCUAUUCAUGGAGAUCGUAUUCGUAAAAUCAAUAAAGAAUGUGAACGUCAAAAAAGAAUUCAUGGAGUACAUAUUCGUGCCUUAAUUCGUGACAAUAGAGACAUAACUGAAAUAAUUCGACUUCAUUUGAAAACUUCAGGUUAUUACACUCAAUAUCGUCGUCAAUUACGUGGUUCUAUGCAUUGCUAUGAGGAUGAUGGUUAUAUUUUUUCUCAUUCUGAAACUGAAAUAAUGGAAUUAUUGAAAAAGUGUUUAUGCUUUAAAUCCUCAUCAACGUGUUAAAUUGUUUAAUGUUUUAAUCAAUCAAUUACUUAGUCAUCGACGAUGUCGGACUCUUAUUACUAA